AUGCAGCAACCGGAGGAGGGUGUGACCGCCGUCGAGGUGCUGGCGGACGAAACUGUCGCUCAUCCUCAUGAGAAGGCUCGCGACUCCGACUCGGUUUCGACCUUUUCGGCGAUUAUCAAAGAGAGUGGCGCUGAAACCAACACCCCCGGAUCGGAGGAGGACGCGCUCUAUGCCCAUCUGCCAUCGCAUGAGAAGGAGAUUCUGAAGAAACAGCUGGAUGCUCCCGUGGCCAAAAUCUCGUUCUUUGGCCUCUAUCGCUAUGCCUCGCGCAUGGAUGUGUUGAUCAUGCUGGUGAGCGCCAUUUGCGCUAUUGCCGCUGGUGCUGCCUUGCCUCUAUUCACGAUUCUGUUUGGAUCCUUGGCCAAGGACUUCCAGGGGAUUACCCUGGGAACUCUUCCCUACGACGACUUCUACCACCAACUUACCAAGAACGUCUUGUAUUUUGUUUACUUGGGCAUCGCCGAAUUUGUCACCGUUUAUAUCAGUACGAUUGGUUUCAUCUACACCGGAGAGCAUGUCACCCAGAAGAUCCGCGAGAAUUACCUCGAGGCCAUCCUGCGCCAGAACAUCGCCUACUUCGACAAAUUGGGCGCCGGUGAGGUGACCACCCGCAUUACUGCCGAUACCAACUUGAUUCAGGACGGUGUGUCCGAGAAAGUUGGCCUGACGCUGACCGCUAUCGCUACUUUUGUCACUGCCUUUGUUGUUGCCUAUGUCAAAUAUGCUCCCUUGGCUGGUAUUUGUACCUCGACCAUUGUGGCACUGGUGGUCAUCAUGGGCGGAGGAUCUCGAUUUAUCGUCAAGUACAGUAAGCUCUCUCUGGAGAGCUAUGGUGCCGGUGGAACUGUCGCCGAAGAAGUGAUCAGUUCCAUUCGCAACGCAACCGCCUUUGGCACGCAGGAUAAGCUCGCCAAGCAGUACGAAGAGCAUCUGCAGCUCGCUGAACGGUGGGGCAUGCGCCUGCAGAUGGCCCUCGGCGUCAUGGUGGGCGGCAUGUUUGGGAUCAUGUUCUUGAACUACGGCCUGGGAUUCUGGAUGGGUUCGCGAUUCCUAGUCGAUCACAAGGUCGAUGUUGGCCAGGUAUUGACGAUUUUGAUGGCUAUCUUGAUCGGUUCAUUCAGUUUGGGCAACGUGAGUCCCAACGGCCAGGCGUUUACCAAUGCUGUGGCUGCGGCGACCAAGAUCUUCAGCACCAUCGACCGCGCUUCCCCCAUGGACCCCACCUCGGACGAAGGCAUUAUUCUCAAUCAUAUUGAGGGCGACAUCGAAUUCCGCAACGUCAAACACAUCUAUCCCUCGCGGCCCGAGGUGACAAUCAUGGAGGACGUGACGCUCUCGAUUCCCGCUGGCAAGACGACUGCCUUGGUUGGACCCUCUGGCUCUGGCAAGAGUACGGUCGUUGGUCUGGUCGAGCGCUUCUAUCUGCCCGUUGGUGGCACAGUGUUCUUGGAUGGCCACGAUAUUCAGACCCUCAACCUGCGCUGGCUGCGCCAGCAGAUCUCGCUGGUCAGUCAAGAGCCGGUUUUGUUUGGAACUACCAUCUACCAGAACAUCCGCCAUGGUCUUAUUGGAACCCGCUUCGAACACGAGCCCGAGACGAAAAUCCAAGAUCUGAUUGAAAAUGCCGCCAAAAUGGCCAACGCCCAUGAGUUUAUUUCGGCCCUCCCAGAAGGGUACGAGACCAACGUGGGCCAGCGUGGCUUUUUGCUGUCGGGUGGUCAGAAACAGCGUAUUGCUAUUGCCCGUGCUGUUGUGAGCGACCCGAAGAUCCUCUUGCUGGAUGAAGCCACCUCGGCCCUCGAUACCAAGUCCGAGGGUGUUGUCCAGGCGGCGCUCGACCGCGCUGCUGAGGGCCGCACCACGAUUGUCAUUGCCCACCGUCUGUCCACCAUCAAAACGGCUCACAACAUUGUGGUCUUUGUCAAUGGCCAGAUUGUCGAGCAGGGAACCCAUGAUCACUUGGUAGAGCAGGGUGGUCCUUACUUCAAACUCGUGGAGGCACAGCGCAUCAACGAGGAGAAGGAAGCCGACGCUUUGCUUGAUGAAGACUCUGAUGAUGAAUUGGAGGAGACAGAGUCGGUCAAGAAGCACGUCUCCCGCAUCAAAUCCAUGGCUAGUGGUUCUAGUGUCUUGAAGACCGAAGAAGACCUGGGUGUUCGCCGCGCUGAUAGCCGCAAGUCGGUGUCAAGCGUCAUUCUUUCCAAGAAGGAAUCUGAGGGUCGCCAAAAGUAUUCUCUGUGGACUCUGAUUAAGUUCAUCGCUUCGUUUAACAAGGAAGAGUGGAAGUUCAUGGUGGUCGGGCUGAUCUUUUCAUGUCUGGCCGGUGGUGGCCAGCCGACUCAAGCCUUCUUGUACGCAAAGGCUAUCGUUGCGCUGUCGUUGCCCUUGUCCAUGGCUGCCAAAUUGCGAUCGGACGCGAACUUUUGGUCCUUGAUGUUCCUGGUCGUUGGAAUCGCCCAAUUCAUCACCUUCUCUGUCCAUGGCAUUGCCUUUGCCUUCAGUUCAGAGCGGUUGAUUCGCAAAGCGCGUAGCAAGGCCUUCCGGACGAUGCUUCGCCAGGACAUCAGCUUCUUCGAUCGGGAGGAGAACAGCACUGGUGCCUUGACUUCUUUCCUGUCCACCGAGACCAAACAUCUGUCUGGGAUCAGUGGCCAGACCCUGGGAACUAUUCUGAUGACCUCCACUACUCUCAUCGCUGCAUGUGUGAUCUCUCUGUCCUUUGGAUGGAAGCUGGCCCUUGUCUGCAUUUCUGUGGUCCCGGUUCUCCUCGCCUGUGGCUUCUACCGAUUUUACAUGCUUGCUGCGUUCCAGCAACGGUCCAAGCUUGCCUACGAGGGUUCGGCCAGCUAUGCCUGCGAAGCGACGUCAGCAAUCCGCACUGUUGCUUCCCUCACUCGCGAGACGGACGUGUGGUCGGUUUACCAUGGCCAGCUUGAUGCACAGGGUCGCUCGAGCUUGAUUUCAGUUACCAAGUCCUCGCUUCUCUACGCUAUGUCGCAGGCCUUGGUCUUCUUCUGUGUUGCUCUUGGGUUCUGGUACGGAGGUACUUUGCUCGGGAAGCAUGAGUACGACACUUUCCAGUUCUUUGUUUGUUUCAGUGAGAUCUUGUUCGGCGCCCAGUCUGCCGGCACCGUGUUUUCGUUCAGUCCCGACAUGGGCAAGGCCAAGAACGCUGCGGCCGAGUUCCGCAAGCUGUUCGAUCGCCGCCCGACAAUUGACAGCUGGUCUGAAGAGGGUGAGACCCUGGACCAUGUGGACGGAUCAAUUGAAUUCCGCGAUGUGCACUUCCGGUACCCGAACCGCCCGGAACAGCCCGUCCUCCGUGGAUUGAACCUGAGUGUCAAGCCCGGCCAGUACAUUGCGCUGGUUGGGCCCAGUGGGUGUGGUAAGAGUACCACCAUCGCCCUCCUCGAGCGCUUCUAUGAUGCGCUGUCUGGCGGUGUCUAUCUCGAUGACAAGAAGGUCACAGACCUCAACGUCAACUCUUACCGCCGUCAUCUGGCUUUGGUUAGCCAGGAGCCGACUUUGUACCAGGGUACCAUCAAGGAGAACAUUUUGUUGGGCUCUGCCGAUGAAGAAGUCUCGGAUGAGCAUUUGGAACAGGUGUGCAGGGACGCCAACAUUUACGAUUUCAUCAUGUCUCUUCCUGAGGGCUUCAACACUAUUGUUGGCAGCAAGGGAGGCAUGUUGUCUGGCGGUCAGAAGCAGCGUGUUGCCAUCGCUCGCGCACUAUUGCGCAACCCCAAGGUCUUGCUGCUGGACGAAGCCACCUCGGCGCUGGACUCGGAGUCGGAGAAGGUUGUACAGGCGGCUUUGGAUGCCGCCGCUCGCGGCCGCACAACUAUCGCUGUUGCGCACCGGCUCAGUACCAUCCAAAAGGCGGACAUCAUCUACGUGUUCGACCAGGGCAAGAUUGUUGAGAGCGGCACGCACAGUGAGCUGCUGCGCAACAAGGGCCGGUACUACGAGCUGGUCAACCUGCAGAGUUUGAACAAGACUCAUUAA